AUGAUUGAUGAACUGGACUGUACUGGACCGGGUCUUAACUUGCUUAGUUUAGCAACAGCAAGCCCUGUAGUUAGAGGAAAUGACACUGAUCGACAGGCUUUACUCCAGUUCAAAGCUAAGAUAACUGGUGAUCAGCUCAACAUUAUGGAGUCCUGGAAUAGCUCCAUUCACUACUGUCAAUGGAUUGGUGUUACAUGCGGUCGCAAGCAUCGAAGAGUCACCAAGCUGAAACUUCGAAUCCUCGAACUCUCUGGAUCAUUGUCACCCUACAUUGGAAAUUUGAGCUUCCUCAGGGAGUUAGAUCUUGUGGGCAACAGCUUCUACAACCAAAUUCCUCAAGAAAUCGGUGGUUUAAGAAGACUGGAAGCAUUAGACCUCACCAAUAACUCCAUCAGUGGUGAAAUUCCUUCUAAUUUAUCUGCUUGUUCCAAGCUUAUAAUAGUUUAUAUGAGCGGCAACCAGCUAACGGGAGAAAUACCUUCUUUGCUGGGUCUCUUGUCAAACCCGAAAGUAUUGGGUUUUUCCCACAACAGUUUGAAAGGGAAUAUCCCAUCUUCACUGGGGAACUUGUCAUCCCUGGAGGAACUUCAUUUGUCGCAUAAUGGAUUAAGUGGGAUUAUACCUGAAGCUCUUGGACAACUGAGAAAUCUUUCACUUUUCUCCGUUUUCGAAAAUGCAAUUUCUGGUAUUGUUCCUGUCGCAAUGUUUAAUCUCUCCAAUAUUAGAGCCUUUGAUAUUGGUGUAAACAAGAUUCAAGGUACUCUUCAUUUUGAUUUAGAAAUCAAUAUGCCUCAUCUUGAGUUCUUUUCUGUAGGGGAAAACCAAAUCUCUGGAAAAAUUCCAAUUUCAGCAUCCAAUGCCACAAAUCUUAAUGUACUUGAAUUUAAUGGAAACAGGUUCAAUGGAAAUGUGCCUUCAUUAGAAAAGCUAGAUAAACUGUUUAACCUUGAACUAGGAGAAAAUCAUUUGGGACAUGGGAGAGAAGGUGACUUGAACUUUCUUUGCACUUUAGUCAACAAUACCAAACUAAGAUAUCUAGCUAUAGGCAAAAAUAAUUUUGGAGGGGAAUUUCCGAAAUGCAUUAGCAAUUUUUCUAGCACGGUUCAGGGUUUAGUGAUGGGUGGGAACAACAUUUUGGGACAAAUCCCAGAUGGGAUAGGAAAUCUUAUCAAUUUGGAGGUGCUUGAAGUCUCAAUAAGUCAACUAUCAGGUCCCAUUCCCUUUAAUAUUGGGAGGCUUCAAAAGCUAAAAAUAUUUUCCGCUAAUAUUAAUUUUUUCACUGGGACUAUUCCCCACUCCAUUGGAAAUUUAACAGAGUUAAUCGGACUUAGUUUAAAUUUUAACAAUCUUCAUGGCAGCAUUCCUUCAGGUUUAGGUAAUUGCAAAAAAUUGCUUGUAAUGGAUCUUUCUAGUAACAAUCUUAGUGGACCAAUACCCCCUGAAGUACUUGGACUUCCAUCCUUGUCCAUUGUAUUAAAAUUAUCCUCUAAUUAUUUGACUGGUGAACUUUCUAUUGAAGUAGAAAAACUAAAAACUCUAGGUGAAUUGGAUGUUUCUCAAAAUAGAUUAUCUGGUUUGCUUCCAAAAAAUCUAGGUAGUUGUGUAAGUCUAGAGAAGUUGUUCUUGGAAGGCAAUUUGUUUGAAGGACCCAUUCCAUCAUCUUUGAGUUCAUUAAGAGGUCUUGAGGCAUUGGACUUAUCUGACAAUAAUCUUUCCGGUGGGAUUCCAGAAUUUCUUGUGCGAUUUGGGGCAUUAAAGUAUCUAAAUCUCUCUUUCAAUGAUUUGGAGGGACUAAUACCAAGUGAAGGAGUAUUUAAGAAUGCAAGUGCUACAUUUGUCGAGGGAAAUAGUAAGCUUUGAGGAGGCAUCCCUGAAUUACACUUGUCGAGGUGUAACUCCAAAACAUCAGCAAACACAUCCCAUAAAUUGAAGAUCACAAUAAUUGUUGUGAUUUCAGGAGUGACUUUAGUAUUCUCUAUUUUCCUCAUCAUCUGGUUUAGAAAGAAAAAAGAGCAGAAGCCAACGACAACUCAUGUAGAAAAUUCCCUUUUACAGUUAUCAUACCAAAGCAUCCUAAGGGCUACUAACGGAUUCUCCCCUCAGAAUUUGGUUGGUUCGGGAAGUUUCGGAUAUGUAUACAAAGGAAUUCUUGAAGCGAAUGGAGCAUUUAUUGCAGUAAAGGUGUUUAAUCUUCUGAAUCAUAGAGCUUCCAGGAGUUUUUUGGUUGAAUGCGAGGCUUUGAAGAACAUUCGACAUCGUAAUCUUGUCAAGGUAUUAACAGCCAUUUCAGGUAUCGAUUAUAAAGGCAAUGAUUUUAAAGCCUUGGUUUAUGAGUUCAUGGAAAAUGGAAGCUUGGAGGAUUGGCUACAUCCAUCUGUUGCCAUGAGUAAACCAGAGACAUUGAGAAACCUAAAUUUCUUUCAAAGACUUAAUGUGGCCAUAGAUGUUGCGCAUGCACUCGAAUAUCUGCACCAUCGUUGUGAGAUGCCGAUCAUUCAUUGUGACCUCAAGCCUAGCAAUGUUUUACUCGAUGGGGAAAUGGUUGGUCAUAUAAGUGACUUCGGCUUAGCAAAAAUCCUUUCUGGAGAAUGGCCAAACAAUUCUACUAAUGAAUCAAGCUCCCUUGGAGUAAGAGGAACAAUCGGCUAUGCUCCACCUGAAUACGGCAUGGGAAGUGAGUUGUCAACAAAUGGCGAUGUGUAUAGCUAUGGCAUCCUCUUGUUAGAGAUGUUAACAGGGAAAAGCCCAACAAAUGAAAGGUUUACAGAAGGUUUAGGUCUUCACAACUUUGUCAAAACAGCUUUGCCUGAUCGAGUGGUUGAGAUUAUAGAUCCCAUUCUUCUACAAGAAAGUGGUCUUAACUUGCUUCGUUUAGCAACAGCAAGCCCUCUAAUUAGAGGAAAUGACACUGAUCGACAAGCUCUACUCCAGUUCAAAGCCAAGAUAACUGGUGAUCCACUCAAGAUUAUGGAGUCCUGGAAUAGCUCCAUUCACUUCUAUCAAUGGAUCGGUGUUACAUGCUGUCGCAAGCAUCGAAGAGUCACCAAGCUGAAACUUCGAAUCCUCAAACUCUCUGGACCAUUGUCACCCUAUAUUGGAAAUUUAAGCUUCCUCAGGGAGUUGGGUCUUGUGGGCAACAGCUUCUACAACCAAAUUCCUCAAGAGAUGGGUGGUUUAAGAAGACUAGAAGCAUUACACCUGGCCAAUAACUCCAUCGGUGGUGAAAUUCCUUCCAAUUUAUCUGCUUGUUCUAAGCUUUCAUCAGUCAAUAUGAUGGGCAAUCGACUAAUAGGAGAAAUACCUGCUUCGUUGGGUCUCUUGUCAAACCUGAAAGUAUUGGGUUUUGUCCACAAUAGUUUGAGAGGGAGUAUCCCAUCAUCGUUGGGGAACUUGUCAUCCUUGGAGAAACUUGGUUUAACGUAUAAUGCAUUUAGUGGGAUUAUACCUGAAUCUUUUGGACGACUGAGAAAUCUUUCAGUUUUCGCCAUAUUCGGAAAUGCAAUUUCUGGUAUUGUUCCUAUAGUAUUGUUGUUGGAACAUUGA